AUGAAUCGCAUUUGCUGUUACCUAUGUCUACUCCUCCUGGGAGUUGGCUUACCCGUAGAAGCAGCUCGACGCUCGCGUUAUUCGUUUGAGUGGCAUAGGUUCGAGUGCGUCAAUAACUGGUCAAUUGUCAAGAACUGGAGCUGCGUUAUCGUCGGAAAUAUGGUUCUCUUCGACUCAACUGUGGAUAUCUGCAAACUGAUGAGCGGCGGCAAUGUGGGUAACAAAGUCGUGACCUUUGUCUUUCAAAGCAUGCUUAAGGAUACCAAUUUGGCCAAACAGUGUCCCAUUAGCAAGGGCUUGUUGUACUUCCACAACAUGAUUGACUUGGACCACUUUCCGGCUUUUAUGCCAGAGAUGGAUUUUACAGCUUAUAUGAAAUUCUUUAGGCCCAAUUUAACAGAAAACACUGAAGUCUUCUUAAACGGCAGUCUCAUCGAAGUUAAUCGACAACGUCAAAAGCUUUGGCAUUGA